AUGGCUGGCACUCUGUAUCAUGAUAUUUCUUCUCUUGGUAUUCAAUUGUGCCGUUGGGCACAAAAUCGACCAUACGAUUUUCUACUCACACUUGGUGCUUGGUUGAUUGGAUAUGGAAUCUCAGUAGUUGUAUACCGCUUGGUAUUGUCACCUUUAGCAGGAAUACCCGGUCCGAAACUUGCCGCUGCUACAGGGUGGUACGAGACUUUUAUAGACCUCUGGAGCAAUGAUUUUCCGGAGGUGCUCAGACGACUACACGAGAAAUACGGUCCCAUCGUACGUGUCACCCCAUGGGAGGUCCACAUCAAUGAUUCCCACUUUUACGAUAAGCUCUUCGUGACAGCACAUAAACGGCGAACGGAUAUUAGCCCUUUGUCCAAUCCAACAACAUUCAGCUUGGGUUGUGAAGACUCUAUAAUCUCCACAAGAUCGCAUGACCGACAUCGCCAGAUGCGUAAACCUUUGGAGAGUUUCUUCUCACGCCAAGGUAUUUCGCGCAUAGAAGAUAUCAUCCAUGGCGAAGUCCGCCUUCUCGAUACAAAGUUCCAAUCUCGAAAGGGCACUGGUGAGGUAAUCUGGCUAAAUGCAGUCUUCGCGUCCUUCGCGGGAGACGUGAUUGGAUGUGUCACAUGCGGCGACAAUCCUGGAUUUCUAGAAGGGAAAGACUUUUCUCCUGAAUGGUACACCACAAAUCGAAAGCUGUUGGAAGUUAUUCCUAUAAUUCGUAACUUCCCAUGGCUCACUAGGCUGGUAAGAGCCGUACCGCGCUGGAUUGUCGACAAGGUCAAUCCUAGUGUAUCCAGCCUUAGUUUACUCAAAUUGUUUGGUGAGAAUCAAAUAAGCAAGAUACGGAGCGAGAUCGAUCAGGCCGAAACAAGUGAAAAGAGUCAGAAAACCUCUGUGUUCCGCCACUUGCUCGAAAGUGACGUGGAUGAGUCCGUCAAAUCGAUUCCACGACUUCAAGGGGAGGCUUUCAUUCUAGAAGGAGCAGGGACUGUGACAACCACUUCUACUCUAGUAAUGACCACAUACUAUAUUCUUGCUAAUCCUGCAGUAGAGCAAUGCUUGCGGAAGGAACUCGCAAGUACGAUGGGAGACUUUCCCCAUACCAUCCCAAAAUGGACAGAACUUGAGAAGAUACCAUAUCUUGCCGCGUGCUUGAAGGAGGGACUCAGGCUCAAUCGCCAUUUCAGGCGACAAGUCCGCAUAUCUCCUGAUGAGGACCUUCACUACCAACACUGGAUUAUACCUAAGAAUACACCUGUGGGUAUGUCUAACUACCUCUUACAAACAAACGCGGAUGUAUUUCCGGAGCCCAUGAAGUUCAAGCCGGAACGUUGGAUAGGACAUUAUAAUCCUGAGAUGGAUAGGCACUGGGUGCCAUUCGCACGUGGUUCUCGGAAUUGUCUGGGCAUGAAUUUGUCUAUGGCCGAGAUGUAUAUUGUUUUGGGUACCUUGUUUCGCCAAGGGGCGUACAAGAUAUCUCUCGUAGAUUGUGAUGAGCGGGAUAUUCUACCGGUGCAAGAUAGUGAUAUCGGCUGUCCUAGAGCAGACAGCAGGGGACUUAGAGUCAGGUUGGACUAG